UGUAUGUUUGGGUUGGCUGCACACUGAUUCUGCUGGAGUUACUGGAGUAAGAUGCAAUCCUACACUUCUGAUGGAGUUUGACGGCACCUGGUCACCAUCCACUUUUGUUAUAUAGAAGAAAGCAGUUCGGACAUUCUGCUAAACCUAUCCUUUGGGUUUCCACAGAAUAAAGAAAUUCAUUCAAGUUUGGAACAACAGGAGGAUUCUUCUCGCCACUCUUUGACAUGAAGCUCAAUCUUCUCGUUACCACCGUGGCUCUACUCGUUGCCUUUCCACCACCUUAUGAAUGUAGAGCCAUUGACAGCAGCUCCAACCAGCCAGCCACGGACCCCGAUGGAGAGCGACAGUCAGCACCGGUUCUGGCGCGCUUGGGAGAGGAGUACUUCAUCCGGCUCGGUAACAGAUAUCAAAAUUCUCUCCGGUCUUCACCUGACACGUACCCCGAGACAUCCCAGUAUUCCAAAAGAGCACUGCAGCUCCAGUUAACGCAGCGUCUGUUGGAGGGCAAAGUUGGAAACGUCGGCCGCUGGAAUGGCAAUUACGCGCUCCAGGCGCUCGACUCCGAGGAGAGAGAGCGCAGGUCGGAGGAGCCGCCGAUUUCCCUGGAUCUGACCUUUCAUCUGCUACGAGAAGUACUAGAGAUGGCCAGAGCCGAACAAUUGGCCCAGCAAGCUCACAGCAACCGCAAAAUGAUGGAAAUAUUCGGGAAGUAACCGCGACCAAACCCAUCUGCCAAAGAUAUUUUUACAUUUAGCACAAACAUAAAUAUUCUGUACCAUAGUGCUGCUUAUCCAUCACGAUCUAUUUAUACCGAUGACUUACAGUAUGUAUUUGUAGAUAUUUCAAUGAAAGCGAAUAGAGUUGGUGUAUAUGACCAUGACUGGUAAAUUGUUCAGAUGCGCAAAACUGUCAUCAAUCUCCAUCAGUGUUAUUGUAUAAGUGAUCAUUCAGAGCUGUAGAUGGUUCAAAACGGAUUUCUUAAAAAAAAUAAAAAAUAAAGAGAGAGAGAGAGAGAGAGAAGAAUUUAAUAUUUUCAAGUACUUUAUUAUUUUAUCUGACAGACUUGAGUUUCAUUGUAACAUACAGUACAUUGUUUAAGUUUGUUAAUAAACUAAUGAGCAAC